AUGCCAAAAAGCAAGUUCACUAGACCAAAAAACCACAGCAUGGUGACUGAGAAACAAGAUGUUAGAGGUAGAAGGAAGGACUCGAUUGAGCAGUUCAUUGGGCUGUCUCAGUUAUUUCUCGACAAUAGUCUUUCGCAACUUCGGUACAUGAUCCUUAUCGAGGGACUUUCAACACCAGAGGGCUACGACCAGUGUCCCUAUAGGAGCUACGUGUGGUCCAUCUUGAUACGAACGCCAACUUUCCCGAGCCAGAAAUACUUGCAACUUCUUCACCAGCUGGAGCUUACCGUCUCGGAGGAGUUGCUCAGCAAGAUCAAGAAUGACACGUUUCGCACACUCAUGAAUGAUCAAAAAUUCCACAACAAGGUCUCUGAGGAUCUGCUCGUUCGAAUAUUGGCGUGUAUUGCUACACUAACGAAAGUGGGCUACGUGCAAGGGCUCAACGUGCUACUAGCGCCCAUUGCUUACUGUUCAUACAAGAGCGAGCCACAAGCAUUUGCAUUACUCCAUACAUUAGUCACUAAACAUAUUCCAUUGUACAUAACUCCAAAUCUAGAUGGAGUUCACACGGGACUCAGUCUCGUUGACGUGACUUUAAAGAUCAUCGACCCCGUCUUGAGCGAGUUUCUCGACUCCAAGUUCUUAAAGACUGAAAUCUUUGCAUUCCCCUCGGUGCUCACUCUAAGCGCCUGCACGCCGCCGCUUAAAUCAGUGUUGAAAUUGUGGGAUUUUUUAUUCGCUUAUGGCUUCCACAUGAACAUCUUGUUUAUCGUUGCGCAGUUGAUCAUCAACAGGUCCACGAUUUUAAAGUCACAACAACCGAUGAAAGUUUUGAGAAAUUUCCCCAAUUUAGAAGAAGCCGAGAUCAUCAAGUUGAGCCUAAGUUUUAUCCCUGAGCUUCCAAAGGACUUAUAUGAGUUGAUUGCAAGACACGGAUUUGACAAGUCGGUUCCGGAAAAGUUGAAAAAGUUUCAGUACGAAAAUAAUCUUUAA